AUGGAUAAUUUAUGUACAGCAAUUGGUCCGAAGGGUCUGAUAAUGAGGCACGAAUUCGUCAGGCUGAUUAUCCAAAGCCUCUAUUCAUUGGGUUACAGAAAGUCCGCUUUGACUUUGGAAUCAGAAUCCAGUAUUUCUGGGAAAUCUUCACAGCUUGAGUUGCUAGAGUCCCAGAUUCUUCAGGGUAAUUGGGAUGCCUGCAUAGACAUCAUUAACUCGAUGGAGGAUUUGGUGGAGGAAGCACGAUCUUCAGCAUUGUUUCUUCUCUUUAAACAGUUUUUGUCAGAAUGUUUGAAUUGUGGCAACAUCUCGUUGGCACUGCAUAUUUUACGGAAUCAGGUUCCUGCCUUACUGGUUAGAGAGAAGGUGUGCAAUCUUGCUCGUGGUAUAUUUUCCUUAAAGGAGAUAGGUUUCAGAAACAAUGAAGAAAUCCAUGAUCUGCGAAAAAGCUGCUUAUGUGAGAUGGAAAAAUUGCUUCCUCCUCCUAUUCUUCUGGCUGAAGGAAGGCUGGUAUAUCUGGUUGAAAAGGCUAUCAUUGCCCAAAUUGAUUGUUGCAAGUAUCACAAUACAGAUGCGGGAGUUUCUCUUUAUCAGGAUCACUGCUGUUCCAGAGAUCAGAUACCCACAGAGACCUUUCAGAUUUUAACAGAGCACAAGAAUGAAGUUUGGUUUGUACAGUUCUCAAAUAAUGGAGAGUAUUUGGCCUCGUCUUCAAGUGACUGUACAGCAAUUGUGUGGAAGGUAAUGGAAGAUGGGCAAUUGGCAUUUAAACACGUGUUAAGCAGUCACCACAAACCGGUAUCUUUAGUGGCCUGGAGUCCUGAUGAUACCAGAUUGCUGACAUGUGGGAAUGGAGAAGUCCUCAAGCUGUGGGAUGUGGAAACAGGUACAUGCUUGAGUACAUUUGGAGGUCAUGGCUUCAUUGUCAGCUCAUGUGCUUGGUUUCCGGACUCAAAGCAACUCGUGUGUGGCAGUUCGGAGCCUGGGAAGGGCAUCUACGUGUGGGACUGUGAUGGAAAAGAAAUAAAAUCAUGGAAGGGAAGAAGGAUGCCAAAGGUUUCAGAUCUUGCCGUGACACCAGAUGGGGAGCAUCUUAUAGUUGUCUCUGAUAAAGAAAUCCGCAAGUUUAAUGUGGAGACAAGUACUGAACAAUUGAUCUUGGAGGCGCAUUCAAUCACAUCCCUUUCAGUGUCCACCAAUGGCGACUACUUCAUCGUCAAUCUCAACAGCCAGGAGAUCCAUCUAUGGGAUGUUGCCUGCAAAUGGGAUAAACCACUUAGGUUUGUGGGCCACAAGCAAGACAAGUAUGUCAUACGCUCCUGCUUUGGUGGGUUGAAUAGCUCAUUCAUCGCAAGUGGCAGCGAAGAUUCCCAGGUUUACAUAUGGAAUCGAAGAGAUCCAAAACCGAUUGAGAUCUUAAGCGGCCAUCUGAUGACAGUGAAUUGCGUGAGCUGGAACCCGAGAAGGCAUCGAAUGUUGGCAUCUGCGAGUGAUGAUGGUACAGUUCGGAUAUGGGGACCAAGUAAGGGCAACAGCCAUUCAAAAUAG